UAAAAAAUAAAUAAUGCUGGGAUGAACACACAAAAUAAUCAAGGCAUUCACAAAAUGUCCUGUCAUUCCUUCCAAGUGGGCGUCUUCCUUCAAGUUUCUGUCUCUUCACACAAUUCACAAUCACAUAAAAAACCCAACAAAAUCAAUAAUAUCUGCUGAAUCUUGAUCACAAUUGAGGAUAGAAGAUACACUACUACUUCUUUCCUUCAUUAAAUACUAAGAAAAAGCGUCUUAAUCUGGAAUACAAUCAUAAUACAAGUAUAAAAAACCCAUCUUUUGCAUAAUUUUUAAGUCAUAACACCUAUAAAUGGCUCCAAUUCCACUUAAAGCAGGUAGUAGACCACCAUGGGUAGGUUUAGCAGCUGCUGUUUGGGUUGAAUUUUCUGCUGGAAACUCCUACAAUUUUCCACUUUUCACCCCUUCACUGAAAUCUGUUCUGGGUUUUACUCAACAACAGAUUACAAUCCUUGGUGUCGCAAAUGACAUUGGUGAAAGUGUGGGUAUUUUGCCAGGCAUUGCUUGCAACAAGCUCCCUCCUUGGGUGGUUUUGGCUUUUGGUGCUUUGGGUUGUUUUUUGGGUUAUGGGGUUAUUUGGCUUGCUGUCUCUCAGACUGUUCAUAACUUGCCUUACUGGCUGUUGUGGCUUGCGCUCGGCAUUGGGGCUAAUAGCAGUGCUUUCUUUGGGACAGCCGUUCUUGUUACUAACAUGAGGAACUUCCCUUUGAGUAGGGGGACAGUUGCUGGCCUUUUGAAGGGCUAUGUUGGUCUUAGUGCGGCAAUAUAUACAGAGAUAUAUGGUAUGGUGCUUGAAAAAUCAGAUACAUCACUCCUCCUUUUCCUUACUUUAGGCAUCCCUAUCAUAUGUUUUUCCAUGAUGUACUUCAUCAGACCUUGUAACCCCGCAUUGGGAGAAGACCCUUCUGAAAACAAACAUUUCCUGUUUACACAAGGGGCUAGUAUUUUUCUCGGGAUGUAUCUCCUUACAACCACAAUCAUUGCUGAUAAGCUUUCUGUUCAGAGAGCUGUUUGCUAUGCUUUUGUUGUUGGAAUGGUUAUAUUUAUGAUGGCUCCUCUUGCAAUCCCAAUCAAGAUGACCAUAUUUCGGUCCCCGAAGAAACUUACUGGACCUGUCGACUCUUCAGAUCAGUUGGUAUCCUGUACAAAUGAGUCGAUUCAAGCGGAACCCUUGUUGGCUAAAUCUUCUUCAGAAUCUUACCUUGGGAGUUUUCGAGAAGGUGAAGAUGGUUCUGAUUUUGACACGCUUUUAGCUGUUGGUGAGGGUGCUGUCAAGCAGAAAAGGAGACCUCGUAGAGGAGAGGAUUUCACUUUCCGUGAAGUAUUAAUCAAGGCGGAUUUUUGGCUUUUGUGGGUGGUGUACUUUUUAGGGGUCGGUACCGGAGUAACUGUUCUCAACAAUUUGGCACAAAUAGGUUAUUCACAGGCAGAGCCCGACACAACCGUAUUGCUGUCCCUAUUUUCUAUCUGCAAUUUCCUUGGACGCUUGGGUGGAGGUGCUGUUUCAGAAUAUUUUGUCAGAUUAAACACAACUCCUCGGACGAUUUGGAUGACAGUUACUCAACUGAUAAUGGCGAUAGCCUUCAUUUUUUACGCAUACGCUCUUAAUGGCACCCUCUAUGUGGCGACUGCAGCGAUUGGAAUUUGCUAUGGAGUUCAGACUGCAAUAAUGAUUCCAACUGCCUCUGAACUUUUCGGGCUUAAACAUUUUGGUGUUAUUUACAACUUUAUACAGUUUGGCAAUCCUAUCGGUGCUCUUCUCUUCUCGGGAAUCUUGGCUGGUUAUGUAUAUGAUACUGAAGCCGACAGACAGGGGGUAUCAAACUGCAUGGGUGCAUCUUGCUUCAAGCUUACGUUUUUUAUUCUUGCUGGACUUUGUGGCUUGGGAUCCUUAUUAGCCGUUGUACUCACAACAAGGAUCAAACCCGUAUACCAAAUGCUCUAUGCUGGCGGUUCUUUCCGUUUACCUCAAAGAUCUAGUCAUUAACAAGAGGAUGGUUGCACCGUUGCACGCAUUGUGGAUCAUGUUAAACCUGACUUACCAAGUGAUCAUAUAUUUUGAGGUAAAUCAUGCCAUUUUGUUCCUACUAGAACUCCGAUAGCCAGAAUCAAGGAUUCCUUUUUUCCUCCUUCGGUUUCUGGCUGAUUCUACUAUGUGUUUGUAUCCAAAUUCUCCUGUUUGUGGUGUUAGAAAUUGGACCUAGAGUAGUGUCGUUGUAAUCCGUUAAUAUCUUUUCGCAAUAAGACAAUAUAUUUGUGAUCAUUGUCGAAAGAAUGUCGUGUAUGAUCUUAUCGUACUCGGUAGCUCAUGAGAAGUGUACUCGGUGUUCGGUUUAUCCAUAAUCCAGAAUUUUAGGUUAUAUAUC